AUAAACUGCGCGUCACUUGGUUCCUGGAAAAUAAUGUCGGGCAAUGUCGGGAUGGAGCAGCUUAUCCCUUUGGUCAAUAGGCUCCAAGAUGCAUUUUCCUCCUUGGGAGUUCCACUUAGUUUGGAUUUACCGCAAAUUGCUGUUGUUGGAAGCCAGAGCGCAGGAAAAAGCAGCGUUUUGGAGAAUUUUGUUGGUCGAGACUUCCUUCCCCGGGGUAGUGGCAUUGUCACUCGUCGGCCUUUAGUGCUGCAGUUGAUUAACUCUCGAAAUGAAUACGCUGAAUUUUUGCAUUGCAAAAACAAACAGUUUACGGAUUUUGAUGAAGUUAGAAAAGAAAUAGAAGCGGAAACAGAUAGGUUGACUGGAAGUAACAAAGGGAUAUCCAGCAAUCCCAUUAACUUACGUGUUUAUUCUCCUAAUGUCCUUAACUUAACAUUGAUCGAUUUGCCUGGAAUGACUAAAGUUCCUGUUGGUGACCAACCUCCAGAUAUCGAAAUUCAAAUUAGAUCAAUGAUUAUGGAGUUUAUUACACAAGAGAACUGUUUGAUUUUAGCAGUUUCUCCAGCAAAUUCUGAUUUAGCGAAUUCAGAUGCAUUAAAGUUGUCUAAAGAAGUGGAUCCGCAGGGUUUGCGAACAAUUGGAGUGGUAACAAAAUUGGAUUUAAUGGAUCAAGGUACAGAUGCUCGAGACAUCUUAGAAAAUCGUCUCCUACCACUAAGAAGAGGUUAUAUUGGUGUAGUCAAUCGCAGUCAACGUGAUAUUGAAGGUCGUAAAGAUAUUAAAGCAGCCUUAGCAGCUGAAAGAAAGUUUUUUCUAAGUCAUCCAUCUUAUCGUCAUAUGGCUGAUCGAAUGGGUACACCAUUUUUACAAUCUACAUUGAAUCAACAGUUAACCAAUCAUAUUCGAGAUACUUUGCCUGGUUUAAGAAACAAAAUUCAAUCACAGAUGUUAGCUAUGGAAAAAGAAGUUGAAGAAUAUAAACACUAUAAACCUAGUGAUCCAUCUUUUAAGACUAAAGCUUUACUUCUGACGGUACAAAGUUUUGAAAAAGAUUUCCAUCAGGCAAUCGAUGGUGGUGGUUCAGAAAUUGAUACAAAAACAUUGUCUGGCGGUGCGUUGAUUAAUCGUAUAUUCCAUGAACGUCUGCCAUAUGAAAUGAACAAGAUUGAAACUGACGAAGAAGAACUACGAAAAGAGAUCAGCUAUGCAAUUCGUAACAUACAUGGUAUUAGAACUGGACUAUUCACUCCUGAUUUGGCCUUUGAAACUAUCACUCGUAAACAAAUUGAUAAAAUGAAGAUACCAUCAUUGAAGUGUGCUGAUUUAGUCGUUGCUCAAUUAACUGAAAUUGUUCAUGCAUGCACUGCACGUAUGGAGAAUUUUCCACGUUUAAGAGAAGAAACGGAACGUAUUGUAAACCAGUGGAUAAGAGAAAGAGAAAUUCGUGCUAAAGAGCAAAUUGUACUUUUAGUUGAUAUACAAUUAUCGUAUAUGAAUACAAAUCAUGAGGAUUUUAUUGGUUUUGAAAGUGCAGAACAACAGUCAUCAGAGGUAGCAAAAAAUAAACCUGGAAAUAAGGUCAGCUCAGUAAUUCGCAAAGGUUGGUUAUCGUUGCAAAAUGUCACUUUGCUUCGUGGUGGCAGCAAGGAUUUUUGGUUUGUAUUAAAUACUGAAUCACUGACCUGGUACAAGGACGAUGAGGAGAAAGAGAAACGUUAUGUCCUUUUAUUGGAUGGCCUAAAGAUUCGUGAUAUUGAAACGGGAUUUUUUGGUAAAAAGCAUGUUUUUGCACUCUUCUACCCGGAUAAUCGUAAUGUUUAUAAGGAUUAUAAACAGGUGGAGUUGUGCGCUGAAUCAGCUGAAAUAGUCGAUUCAUGGAAAGCAUCAUUUCUACGUGCCGGUGUUUAUCCAGCAAAAACUAAAUCAGAGAAAGUAGAACAAAGUGACAAUUUAUCUCUAGAUUCUAGUGAACCGCAACUUGAACGUCAAGUGGAAAUUAUUCGUAACCUAGUGGAUUCUUAUAUGAAGAUUGUGAUUAAAACCCAGUUGGAUUUAGUACCGAAACUGCUGAUGCAUAUGCUUGUUAACGAGAUUAAGGGCUUUUUGAAGGGGGAAUUAUUGCCGAAUUUAUACCAAGCUGGCGAUUUGAAUACACUAAUGUCUGAAUCAUUGAUUGUUCAACAAAAACGUGACGAAAUGGUUCGUGUUUAUGAUGCUAUGAAGGAGGCGUUAAAUAUCAUCAGUGAAGUAUCUAUGUCUACUGUGUCGACACCAGUCCCCCCUCCAGUUAACGAUGAUUGGUUGCAGUCUGAUAAUUCAGGAGGACUAACUGCUCCUGGAUCUACAGGUCCGCCUCCUCCUAGUCCAACAGCAAAUCGUCGUCCACCACCUCCGCCUCCUGGUGGCUGGAAUUCAAGUAGUACUGGUUCCAUUAAAGGUUCUGCUCCUAGACAAGCACCAUCAGUUCCUGGGAAAACAGGUGCUGCACAGUUACCUUCACCACUUAUUCCGCAACGAUUAUAUCCUGCUGAUAUGUAUUCUAUUACAAAAGAUCCAAAUCUCCCUGGACUGUUAAACUCCAUGACAAACUAUCCGCUAAUACCACCGUCUAUUCCCGCGAAGUUGUUGCCUACCCAAUGAAAAGCUCCAAAGGAAUCUUAUGCUAACUUUUUAAGCAUAACAGAAUCAAAUCUUCUUGGAAAUGGAAAUCGAAUGGAAUAUACGGCCUUCAAUAAUGAUGGGUCAAUCUCUGUACAGAUAUUUCUGCAUCUAUUCGCAAGGCGUCGUUGAUACAAACUACUCCACUUAUAUAAAGUGAUCAAGCUUUCAAUUUAUCAAGUUAUUUAUUUCGAAGUUGGCAUUUCAUUCUCUGCAAAUAUAAGCAAAUGGUAGUGAAGUAAACAUGAAUACAACUGAAUAAGUUACUUCCCGGCUUCUUUGAAACUGAAUGUGGAAUAACUCAGAAAGAAAAAUGCAUUUAUCAUAUAAUACAUUUUAAUUUAUCUUUCAUCCUUUUUCUCCUUUCGAUUCUGAGUUAUCCUUCAUUCAGUUUCAAAGAAGCCAGGAAGUAACUUAUUCAACUGUAUUCAUGCUUACUUCACUAUCCUUGUUCUCUUUUACAAAUCCCCCCUCAUAUGCUGACUUAUUGUUUCACGUGUUUCUUUUUCAACUCCUUUCUUUUUGUUUACUCUAUAUGUAUACAUAUUUAAGGGAUGAAUUCCUAUUCUUUGUAUUUCUUUAGACUCCUUUUGUGUUCCUCUCUCUUCCUUUUUAGUUCUUUCUUAUUAUAUAUAUAGCAUACUCAUACAUCACAGUCAUCGAUUUUGUUGACGUCAUUAUUGAAAUCAUCAUUAUCGUUGUCACCUUUCUUCUCGGCAUGCACACCUGUUGAUAAUUACUACUUUCUUUUAUUUCUUCUACGAUUAUAUUACAAUAACUAUAUUACCAAUGCGGUCAAUUACUGAGAACACUACACAACUGUUGUCGGUUCUAUUAUUGUCCAUAGUUCAUGCUGGUGACACAGUUGCUGUUACUACUGAUAGAAGUGAUAAACCAUUCCCUAUGUUACAUAUUCUAUAUACGUAUAUCAAAUGUGAAUUGUUUCAUUUUUUGUUUUCUGUGCUUUCUAGUCAUUUUUUCAUGUUAUACUGACGUUAUCUUAGUUGUAUGAUGGGCUAAAGGAAUUUACAUUUUCGUUGAUUUUCGAC